CCUUUAAAUGGCCUUGAAAUCUCGAAGACGGGUGUGGACGGGUGACUUGAGAGCGGCCUUUCUCUCCGAUAAGAUCUCUUCAUCCUGGCAAGUAGUGAUCUAAUAUGUAAUAAAUGCUUUGUGUUUAGUUGGAAAGUGCCAGGCGUUGGACCACAAUGUUCCACAAAUACUGAAGAGACAAGGGUUAGAGCAAAUUUACUGCGUCGUUAGUGGAUCUCGGCGUUGUUUCAGCGACCUUUAAUGUUCUCUAAUUGCAAGUGAGCCCACAAAAUACACAUUGUCAAGGUUCACCCAAAGUGUUGGCUCACAAGUCAAAAGGUACUCACUGGCAUUCGCCAACGAUGUUCAAACGAGUGGGAAUUGUGGCGGUGGUCGCGGUCGCGGUCGUGGUUGUGGAACAGGUGAAGGGCAUUAUUUUGAAAUGUGAUCAGCCCUCAGUGGGAACAGCUCUGUGCUCGGACUUGGGCGGCUCCGUGGCCACGCCUCCAGUUCACAAUGGACCAGUGGAAAUCACCAGUCAUGUGGAAGUUCUCAAUUUGUACAACAUUGAUGAAACCAACUACAAGUUCACCAUUUCCAUCUUGGCCUCGUUCAAGUGGAAAGACGCCCGACUCAAAGCCCCCGAGAGCAACACCAGUCGCAUCUUCAUCACCCAAGAUGUGGACCCGUUUGUGUGGCACCCGGAAAUCUACUUUUAUGACCUCCGAGGCAUGCGAACCUUCAGCUCAUUGGGAUCGGCGGGUACGUCUCGUCAAGUGGUUUUCUUGGUCAAGGAACAGACCUUCAACAUGAACCAACGAUUGGAAUUGGACAUCACGUGUGGCUUCAAUCACACUCGAUUCCCAUUCGACCAUCAGACGUGUUAUCUCCGCUUUGGCGUCAUCAACUUUAAUGCCAGUAUCGUGGAAUUCUCGGGCACGGAAAGCAAAGAUUGGGGAACCAUCACCAAUGCCUCUUACAUGGUUCAGACCACCAAGUCCGAGUUCGAGCGCGAGAUCUUCAGUGUGGGCAAGCAAUUCUUCAACUUUGACAUGAGAUACAGUUACACCGGGUUGCGGAUCGAGAUGACACGAAACUCGGAGCGUUAUUUUUGGAACUUUUACAUCCCUCUGUCCAUGUUUGUCAUUGUGUCAUGGCUCUCAUUCUUGAUCAGCAUCGAGCAGGUCCCGGGUCGAAUGGGGCUUCUUAUCACAUUGUACCUGAUCUUGGUGAACACCUACAGCUCCACCAAAGAAACGGCUCCUUGGCUACAAACUUUCGGAUUGUUGGGGAUUUGGAUGCUGGGAUGCCAAGUGAUCAUCUUCUUACCCAUGCUCGAAUACGGUUUUCUGCUCUACAUCAUCAAGUUCUCACCCCGAGUGAACUCUUGGGGAGUGAAACAGGAUAUCCGACCCAAGUUGGCCAGGAUGGAUUGGGUGUGCUUGUUUCUGAUGCCGAUCGUUUUCCUCGUUUUCGUCUUGGGAUACCUGUGUCACGUGGAGUUCAGUAUCUGAUGGAUUCCUGGAAGACAGUGAGGUCCCUUUUUAGAUCGAGGCGACUCCGAUGCUAUUGCUGCUAUUAUUAUCAUUAUUAGACCAGGGGAUCGGUCUACCGGGACAUGGUGUCAAGGCAGAUAAUCGGAUAUUGGCCUCCGCUCAUCAUUCAUUCACUAUCAGCACGUUUUCUAUUGAACGGAACGAGAACUAUACACAGUCUGUAAACAAUGUGAUGUCAGGUAUCGCAUCACGAACAGAAAUCUAAUAAAAGGCUCU